AUGGGUCUGGAAGACUUUGAAAAAGAACUUGCGCAGAGCAAAAAGAAAGAAGACAAGAAGAAGCGCGAUCGAAGUAGAAGUCGCGACAGACAUAGUCGCAAGCACCGUUCCUCGCGCCAUCACGACGACGACGAGCGAGACGAGCGCCACCGUCACAAGCGAUCGCGACACCAUCGAGAGACAUCAGAGGAGCGCGCGCGAAGAAAGAGGAAAGAAAGGGAGGACAAGGAUGAUCGUUCACGCCGGAAGCACAAGGAGCCGGCCUCUAGCGACGAUGAGGACCGAUUGACGCGAAAACGCAAGUCGCGACACUACGACGAGGACGAGUCUUCUGGCGACGAAAUACCAAAAGAGAAGGACUACGCGCCACCAGACGAUGACAUACUGGACCAACAACUCGAGGAGGCAGCCGACGCUGACCUGCAACGCGACGAUUGGAUGAAGGCGCCCUCGUCCAUGGACAUCGACUAUGUGCAGCGGAAGAAGCGAGAGGAGAAGACUACAUAUGUCAGGGAAUCGACCCAGCCUCAAUCAGCACUCAAGAUCCACAAAGCCGAGCUGAAUCAUCAUUUGGCCGACUCGAAGAACGAACAAGAGACUGUGGCAGACGAGCCGACGCAGAGAGAAGUGAACUAUACCUUCGGCGACACCGGAGCACAAUGGCGAAUGACCAAACUCAGGGGCAUAUACCGGAACGCCGAGGAGUCUGGAAAAAGCGUCGAGGAGAUAGCCAUGGAAAAAUACGGUGACCUCCGCGACUUUGACGAAGCACGCGAAGAAGAGAUUGAGCUUGAUCGCAGAAAGAUGUACGGAAAAGACUACGUGGGCAAAGAGAAGCCAUCGGGCGAGCUGUAUGAGGAGCGUAGACUCGCUGCAGACAUCCACCGCCCAUCUCGCACGUCACACGAGCCCGACGAGCUACCCCAAGGCGAGGUCGUCUCAGAUCCCCAGCCCGUCACAAACACCGGCAUGCUCAGCCAGACCGAACUCAACAGGCUGAAAGCCCAGAUGAUGAAGGCCAAGAUGAAGAAAGCUCCCAACGCUGCUCAGCUGGAAGCCGAAUACAACGCCGCCCUAGCCAACUCAUCUAGCUCGAAAGACCGCGACGUCGUCAUCCUAAACGCUAUGGAUAACCGUAUGCUAGCUGGCGGCCGCCAAGGUGAAGUCACCGCCCUCACAAACAAGCGCGGCACAGAGCGCGGCCUCGUCAAAGAAAACGACGACAUGUCCAUCGACGACAUGGUCCGUCAGGAACGUCGCACCAAAGGCCAAGCUGGCGGCGAAGGCGCCCUGCUCGCCUCCAAAAUCGCAAAAGACGCCAAAUUCGACAACUCGCUCGACUACAUCGACGAUAACGCCUCCAAACUCGCCGCCCGCGCCCCCAAAUCAUCAAUCAACCUCCGCAACGCCGCAAUCCAAGACUACACCAAAAUGAACCGCAUCCUCGAUUCCUGUCCCCUGUGCCACCAUGAAGACAAAUCCCCCCCGCAGCCCCCUGUUGCUCCCAUCGUUUCCCUCGCAACACGCAUCUUCCUCACACUCCCCACUGAACCUGAAAUCAGCACUGGCGGCGCCGUCAUAGUGCCCAUCCAACACCGGACCAAUCUCGUCGAAUGCGACGACGACGAGUGGGAGGAAAUCCGCAACUUCAUGAAGUCCCUCACUCGCAUGUACCACGACCAGGGCCGCGACGUCGUUUUCUACGAAAAUGCGGCGUUUCCCGGACGCAAGGGACAUGCAGCUAUGAACGUGGUGCCUAUCCCGUUUGAACUGGGUGAUACUGCCCCCGCGUUCUUCAAGGAAGCUAUUCUCGAAUCCGCAGGCGAUUGGACGCAGCAUAAACCUAUUAUUGAUACUGCAAAGGCGUCGAGGAAUGGGCUGGGUAAACAGGCAUUCCGCCGUAGUUUGGCAAAGGAGAUGCCGUAUUUUCAUGUGUGGUUUGAGCUGGAUGGUGGGUUGGGGCAUGUGGUUGAGGAUGGGCGCGCAUGGCCGAGGGGCGAUUUGUUCGCCAGGGAGGUUCUGGGUGGUAUGUUGGAUGUGGGUGUUGAGGUUGUGAAGAGACAGGGACGAUGGAAUAAAGGAGAUCGGAGAGUUGAAGGAUGGAGAAAGGGAUGGAGAAAGUUUGAUUGGACGAGGGUGCUGACUGAAGGACAAUAGGCGGAUAUAGUCUUUGAAAUGACGCUGGAGCCCAUUGUAUUACAGGCGAUUAGUGGCAAUUGCGUCCAAGGAGUGUUGUUUCGUCUAUUACUGUAUGUGGAAAAUGUCCAUGGAGAA